AUGGAUGGUACUGUUUUAAAUUCGGAAAUAAUGUACCAUAAAAUGAUCAAACAGAUAUGCGAUAAAUAUAACAAAAAAUACCCAAAGGAUUUACAAAUAAAGUUGUAUGGAGAGACAGAUAAAGCUAUAUGCACCACAGUGGUGAGGGAAUUAAAGUUACCAGUAUCUCCUGAUGAAUUUGAACGUCAAAUGAAUGAGUUGGCUCAAAAAGUUUUGCCAGGUGCACCGUUACUAAAAGGCGCUGAAAGAUUGCUAACUCAUUUACACGAUCAUAAGAUUCUGAUGGCGCUAGCUACGAAUGCUACGGAGCAAGCUGUAAGGUUGCAAGCAACAGCUCGACCUAAACUAUUCGGCUUGUUUCAUCAUAAGGUAAGCGUCACAGACCCAGAAGUGUUCCGGGGUAAGCCACAGCCGGACAUAUAUUUGGUGGCCGCUUCACGAUUCCCGGAUAAACCGAAACCGAGGGAGUGUCUUGUGUUUGAAGACUCAGCUGUUGGGGUACUAGCAGCCAAAGAAGCAGGAAUGCAGGUUGUAAUGAUUCCGGAUUCCCGUCUCGACCGCGAUCAAACUCGUCAGGCAACACUAGUGAUCAAAACGCUUUUGGAGUUCAAACCAGAACUAUUCGGCUUGCCACCGUUUCAAGAUGGCCCAAGACCAAUGGAACGUGUUGAAAAAAUAAAAGAAACAUGA